UGAGGUAAAUCCCCCAGCAUUCCCCCCGUAUGCGCUGUCACAUCCCUCCCUCCCCUGCAACUGGUGUAAGUGUGUGUCUGUGUGUGUCACUGCUUAACUCUGACAUUCCAAUGCAGAGUGGAGAGACGGUGAGUUCGUCUGCAGAGAGCAAAGGGACGCAACUACAAUUACAACCCACAACUUCAAUAAGACAAGAAAAAGAAGAGGAAAACACUUCACUGUGGUCUCACUUUUGGAAAACCUGAAUGCACUGCAGCUGGAAAGCCUUAACAAGACUUCCUUAUUCUUGACAAGGGAUUUCAAGAAAAGCAUCCUUUAGUAUCCAUUUGCAGUUUCCUCUUUCUGCUUCUUUCUAUCUCUCCCGGGGGACUGACUCCAAAUUUUGGAUUGCUGCAGAAAGUUGGGAAAUACUAAAAUAGGACGAGGUCGUAGCGUUGCAGUAACAGCACUUAAAGGGACCCUGGCUCCGGUAAAGAUGGCUGACGUGGUGCAGCCUGACCCCAACAGCCUGCAGAUACCCAAUGAUAAUUUAUCCGUCCCAUCAUCGCCUGCCACAGCCAGAAAUGACUGCAGCAUCACACCCCUCACGCCCUCGCCCUCGCCGAGGGUGGAGGUCAGACCCAGGAUGGCGUGUCCAUUCUCCGUUGUCGUGGCGAUAGACUUUGGGACGACCUCCAGUGGCUACGCUUUCAGUUUUACACAAGACUCAGAAGCCAUACACAUGAUGAAGCGGUGGGAGGGUGGAGAUCCCGGAGUGGCCAAUCAGAAGAGCCCAACAUGUCUCCUGCUGACUCCAGAUUUAAGGUUCCACAGUUUUGGUUUUGCCGCCCGGGAUUUCUAUCACGACCUGGACCCAGAGGAGGCCCGGCACUGGCUCUACUUCGAUAAGUUCAAGAUGAAGAUCCACAGUACAAGUGAUCUCACCAUGGAGACGGAGCUGGAGGCGGUGAACGGUCGGAGGGUUAGGGCUAUCGAGGUGUUCGCUCACGCCCUGCGAUUCUUCAGGGAACACGCUCUAAAGGAGGUGAAGGACCAGUCAUCAUCUGUUCUGGAAGGAGAGGAGAUCAGAUGGGUGAUCACUGUCCCUGCUGUGUGGAGACAACCUGCCAAACAAUUCAUGAGAGAAGCCGCAUAUCUGGCCGGUUUAGUGUCACCCGACUGUCCUGAGCAGCUCCUCAUCGCUCUGGAACCGGAGGCUGCAUCCAUUUACUGCCGUAAGCUCCGCCUACACCAAGUGAUCGACCUGAGCCUGCAGCCUUUCACAAACGGCCUGGAUCUGGACGGGUCCCGCCCCUUCGACUCCAGCUUCAGACAAGCGCGCGAGCAGUUACGGCGAUCCCGUCACAGCAGGACCUUCCUGGUGGAAAGUGGGACUGGAGAGCUGUGGUCCGAGCUGCAAACCGGCGACAGGUACAUAGUUGCAGACUGUGGAGGGGGAACAGUUGAUCUGACCGUCCAUCAAAUCGAGCAGCCACAAGGGACCCUGAAGGAGCUCUACAAGGCAUCAGGUGGUCCAUACGGGGCUGUUGGAGUAGAUCUAGCCUUCGAAGCCAUGCUAUGUCAGAUCUUUGGCGAGGACUUCAUCCAGACUUUCAAAGCCAAGCGUCCAGCAGCCUGGGUGGACCUCACCAUCGCAUUCGAGGCAAGGAAACGGACGGCGGCUCCUGGGAGGGCCAACGCCCUCAACAUCUCACUGCCCUUCUCUUUCAUUGACUUUUACAAGAGACACAAAGGGCAGAGUGUGGAGGCGGCGCUGAGGAGGAGCAAUAUGAACAUAGUGAAGUGGUCGUCCCAGGGGAUGCUGCGACUCACACAGGAGGCCAUGAACGAACUCUUCCAACCCACCAUCACCAAUAUCGUCAAACACAUUGAGGAGCUGAUGGCCAAGCCGGAGGUACGUGGUGUGCGUUUCCUCUUUCUGGUUGGCGGUUUUGCCGAGUCACCCAUGUUGCAGAAAGCGGUCCAGAAGGCUUUGGGACGGACGUGCCGUAUCAUCAUACCCCAUGACGUUGGCCUGACCAUACUGAAGGGUGCUGUGCUUUUUGGGCUGGAUCCCACAGUGGUCAGAGUGCGACGAUGCCCUCUGACAUACGGUGUCGGUGUCUUGAACCGUUUCAUCGACGGACGUCACCCUCGCGACAAACUCCUCAUCAAAGAUGGCCGUGAGUGGUGCACCGACAUCCUCGACCGCUUCGUCUGCGUCGACCAGUCGGUGGCUCUGGGUGAGGUGGUGAGGCGGAGCUACACUCCUGCUCGCAUGGGUCAGCGAAAGAUCAUCAUCAACAUCUACUGCAGCACAACAGACGACAUAACAUACAUCUCCGACCCUGGAGUCAGGAAGUGCGGGACGAUAACUUUAGACCUACCAGAGCCGUUACCGCCUCCAGGAGCCGUGGGAGGAGCCGGAGCAGGAGCAGAGAGGAGGGAGAUCAGAGCGACCAUGCAGUUUGGAGACACGGAGAUCAAAGUCACAGCUGUUGAUGUCAUGUCUAACCGCUCUGUUCGUGCUUCCAUAGACUUCCUGUCAAACUGAGGAGAAGCAGGAAGUAGGAAAAAGCAUCUGAAAAGUACAGGGAUGCGCUCAGAUGAUUAGUUUAGAAAAAGCGGUACUUUGGGAAUGGGUGCCAUAUUUGUUGGAAAGAAGAAACUUUUAUCUUGGAAUUCAUGUAAAAACUUCUGAGAAAUUGUUGAGGCAUUCUGUGUCCACAGAAAAGAUUCAACUCCACCACAAUGAAGUAGAGUGGAGACUUUGCCAUUUCACAGCGGAUAUUUCCUGUCCCCAAAAUAAUCUGAGGAACACUUGUGUGAAACCUAAUAAAUGCUGGAGUCUGAGUACGUUCCCUAAAGACACAAUAAUUAAUUGUUUGAAGUGUCUUUUGACAGUAAACUGUGUUAUGUGUUCUGUAUUAAACAAUAUACUGCCUAAAGGUCAAAGCUAAAGACUGUUACCUCAUUUUAAUCCUAUUUCACUUUGUGCAUCAAAUCAAACUACCUGAAGUGAAGCGGUCAUUCUCUGGUAUGAGUCUGAUUGUGCUCUAUCUAGUGGUGAUAAUAUUGAACUACACUCUGAAGACCACCAUUCAAUCACGUGUCAUACAAAAAGAGAAUUUUCUUUUUUAAGUACACAUUUCAUCCACAUUCAUGUCUCCCAGAUUGUUGUCUCAUGUUAUUGGCUGAGUUCACCAUGUGACUCUUGUACACACAUGCAAUAAUACAUUUAUAGUUUUGUUCCCAUGUCAAUGUUAAUCUUUCCAACUGUAGUACAACAGUUUUUAUUUUAAAAGAACAUUUACAAAAUAAUGGGUGAUGUUGGUACCAUACCUAUCUACUUUCAAAUCACUAUCAUCCUGCCACAUUUAAUCCAAUUUCUGUAUUGUUCAUAUUGUGCAUAUUGCAAUAAACUGUAUCCACAUUCACAUCCUUACAUAAAUGAUCAAGAUGUUUUCCAGCCAUUGUGCCAUGUUUAAUUCAUAUUUGUUCUUUUCAACUCUGUUCCAGAUCAACUUCAUCCACACUAUGCAGUUUGCAAGAUCACAUUCAUUCUUAGACUAUAAUGAACUAAACCUAUAUUUAGACUUCCUGAACUUGAGGAUCAAUCUUUCAAUAAAAUAAACAUGCAUCUUUUUCCAAUUCAGUCACAUCAUAAAAAAGAAAAUACUUUUCUUUGUUAAGUACACAUUUCAUCCACAUUGAUUUCAUGUAAUGAGACUUUAAUACUUUUGUGAAAUUGAAAAAAAAAAAAGUGAUGUUAUAGAAAAUGAAGGUCAAUGAAGUUAUCAUAUUUGGUUCCUUACCCGUAAGGGGCAAAAAAUACAAGAAGUAAAUCUAAAAAAUACAAUAAAAACCCAUGUAAUGUGAAAGGAACCUGUAGCUGAUACCAUUAGAAGCUGCCUUUUGUACCAUUAGACCAACCUAAGUGGUGGAUGAAACACUGGUUGUGAUUAGAGCCUUGGAUACGUUAAAUAUUAGCAACAAAAUUGAUGAAAUUUUUUCUGUAGUGUCAGAUACUCCCUCUAGUGACCCUUGUGGGCAAAAGUGAACCAUCGACUAUUUGUUUUAUGGAAAAUAUAAAAUUUUUUGUGCUUAUUUUUGGAAUGAAUCACUCAAAAUUCAAAUGAUUAAACUGGUAUGUUAUAAUAGUUAAAAUCUUGAAAACUGUUGAAUAUUUGGUAGUUUUGAUCAGGGCAGAAGUUGUUUAAGAGAUUUAUUUUAAAAAAGACAAAAAAGUAAGAAAAAAUAUUGCAGUAUGACGAUUUUAUAGCAGUUUUUUUGUGCAUGUACAUGCAGGUAACCAGAAGUGCUACUGUAACUGACUGUUAGCAGAUCCACCAGAGAAGCAUCGUGUGAUAAAGUUUCAUGCCAUAAAACAUCUUUUGCAUUUCUAAGCAACAAGAUCCUGGUUAAUUCUUAUAAGUAGUUGUUUUUAAAUGUGUGUGUACAUUUUCUAUCCUGCAACAAGUUUUUUUCAUCUUUGGAACAGAAUAAGCCUUUAGUUUUAUUGUGCAUUCAUGAUGAAUUUCAAUGGACGGCACUUAACUACAUGAAUAUAAUGUGUUUAAAAUAGAAAAUGGUUUGUUGCAUUCAGUUUUUCUUUUAAAUGUUCACUUUUUCAGUACUUUUCACUAAUAGGCAUUUUCAGUUAAUCUUUGUACAUUCAUACUUUAUCUGUCCCCAUCAAAUCAACUAUAUAUCCGACACUGUGCUAAACAUCUAAGACCACCUUCAACUGUGCUGCGUUUGCAAGUUAUGGCCUUAAGUGCAUAUUUAUUUUUCAGUAUUAUUACAAUGUGAGGAUAUAAAUUAAAAACACAUACAAAAAGUAUCUUCUAUAUCUACAAGGGAAGGUCAGUGUUUAGUGACUUGUUCCCUUUACAAAAAGUAGCCUUAACAGUAAAAGCUUUGAGAUAUGUUGCAUCCUGGUAGAUAAGUGCAUUAUGUCUCAUAUUGUCUGCACAAGUUAGACAUUUUAAGUGCUAAGGGAGGUCACAAAAAUACUAGCAAUUUUGGUUUAUGGAAACUUUUAAUUGUGUUUACAUACUUUUAGUAAAUUCUGAGAAGUGUAUGUAUGGUCAGUGAAACCUGAUGCACAGUACUGUCCAUCAAUACUGUGUUGAAACCAGCAUACAGAUACACACGAACAGUUUGAUUCCAGCUGUGAAUUUAUUGAUGUGGAUGAUCCAAUAAAUAGUUUUACACAGCGUAACCGGUUCAGAACUGCUUGACAUCCUAUCAGUGCUUUAUUUUUUAUGUUACGCAUCAGUUUGUGGCAUUCUGUAACACAAAACCAGAUUAGAAACAAAGAGCGGCUCCUCCAGGUCAGAAGAGGAACUGACCUGGACGAGACAGAGCGGCCUGUGUUUGCAAACCAAAGGGGAAGGCAAUCUCAUCCAGAUUUUACAUCCUACUACAAAAGGACAUGGGUGCAAAGACUUGAAAAAAGUCACACAAAAAGCUGCAACGGAUUUUAUCAAACCAACACUAUGUGCGAAUAACAGU